AAAACCUCCGUUGAUUUAAAUCUCGCCGGCGACUUAUGCUUACCGACCAUUAUAUUAACUAAUCUCUCAGGAACAUUUAAAUGAAGGGUUGGUUUAAGGAGGAGCAUCAUCUGACUCUCGGCCUCGAAGAAGGUGAGAGAGAGAGAGAGAGAAGUACAUGGAAGUAAUGGAGAAAGGAGCAAGAGAAUUAAAAACCCAUAACCUCUCUCUCUUCUGCUUUCUGUCAAACGCCAUUAAAAACCCAUCAGUAUCAGUUACGCAAUUUCUCAAGGCAGACAGGUAAGAAGAGAGAGAGAUUUGUUUUUUGGGAAUCUGUAAUGAAUGUAAAAGGAGCGAAAGGUGGGAGAGACGAAUGCACUAAUGGCGGCUUAUGAUAGGCUCGAGACGAAAGGUCGAUUCAUCCAUCAAUUACUCUACUCUCGUUUCUCUCUCUCUCUCAGUCUAGAAGAACCAUAAUUACGGAUUUUGAAAUUUGGGGAUUCUAUGAGAUUCUUCUUCCUCUUUGGUUAAAAACCUGGAGAUUAUCGUUUUCCAAUUCUAGCCUUUUCUUCUCCCCUUAAUAUCUUCUCUCUGAUUCUCUUCCGUUUCGUUUUCUCUAUUCCCCGAGAUCUUUUGGUUAAAGGAAGAUAAAGUUUGAAACUUUUUUAUUGUUUCACUAGGCUUGCGUUAAUGGCGACAGUUGUGUGAUGGUCCAGAGUUAGCAAGUUUUACUUACUCGUUUGGUUAAAAGGACAGAGAGUAGAGGGAAAAAGGCUUUGUUACUGUUUUUUUUCGUCUGCACAUUACUAUGGAGUUUCUCGGCGACAGUCAAAAUCACGAUAGCUCUGAAACAGAGAAGAAGAACAAGAAGAAGAAGCGAUUUCACCGUCACACACCUCACCAGAUCCAACGGCUUGAAUCAACUUUCAAUGAGUGUCAACAUCCAGAUGAGAAACAGAGGAACCAACUUAGUAGAGAGUUGGGUUUAGCUCCAAGACAGAUCAAGUUCUGGUUUCAAAACAGAAGAACUCAAAAGAAGGCACAACACGAAAGAGCUGAUAAUUGUGCAUUGAAAGAAGAGAAUGAUAAGAUUCGAUGCGAAAACAUUGCUAUUAGAGAAGCUAUUAAACACGCCAUUUGCCCCAGCUGUGGUGAUUCUCCUGUUAAUGAAGACUCUUACUUUGAUGAGCAAAAGCUUCGCAUCGAAAAUGCACAGCUUAGAGAUGAGCUCGAAAGGGUUUCGAGUAUUGCAGCUAAAUUCUUAGGAAGACCAAUCUCCCAUCUUCCACCAUUACUAAAUCCGAUGCAUGUUUCGCCAUUAGAGUUAUUCCAUACCGGACCUUCACUUGAUUUUGAUCUUCUCCCAGGAAGUUGUUCUUCAAUGUCUGUUCCAAGUUUACCAUCUCAGCCAAACUUGGUUUUAUCAGAGAUGGAUAAGUCUCUUAUGACCAACAUUGCUGUGACCGCUAUGGAAGAAUUGCUUAGGCUUCUUCAAACAAAUGAGCCUCUGUGGAUCAAAACUGAUGGAUGCAGAGAUGUUCUCAAUCUCGAAAACUAUGAGAAUAUGUUUACAAGAUCAAGUACUAGUGGUGGAAAGAAGAAUAACCUUGGAAUGGAAGCAUCUAGAUCUUCUGGUGUUGUUUUCACUAAUGCUAUUACACUUGUGGACAUGCUUAUGAACUCUGUCAAAUUAACAGAGCUUUUUCCCUCGAUCGUUGCAUCAUCUAAAACCCUUGCAGUGAUUUCAUCGGGAUUGCGUGGAAACCAUGGAGAUGCAUUGCAUUUGAUGAUUGAAGAGCUUCAAGUGCUUUCACCAUUGGUAACAACGCGUGAGUUCUGUGUGCUAAGAUAUUGUCAGCAAAUCGAACAUGGAACUUGGGCAAUAGUAAAUGUCUCAUAUGAGUUUCCUCAGUUUAUAUCUCAAUCUCGGUCAUAUAGAUUUCCUUCUGGUUGCUUGAUCCAAGAUAUGUCCAAUGGCUAUUCAAAGGUUACUUGGGUGGAACAUGGUGAAUUCGAGGAGCAAGAACCGAUACAUGAGAUGUUUAAAGAUAUAGUUCAUAAAGGAUUAGCUUUUGGAGCUGAACGUUGGAUUGCUACUCUCCAAAGAAUGUGUGAGAGAUUCACGAAUCUAUUGGAACCUGCAACAUCAUCCCUUGAUCUUGGAGGAGUGAUUCCAUCGCCAGAAGGGAAGAGAAGUAUAAUGAGACUUGCUCACAGAAUGGUAAGCAACUUCUGCUUGAGUGUUGGCACAUCUAACAACACUCGCUCAACGGUUGUCUCGGGACUGGAUGAAUUUGGAAUCCGUGUGACUUCGCAUAAGAGCAGACAUGAACCAAAUGGAAUGGUUCUAUGUGCAGCCACAAGUUUCUGGCUCCCUAUUUCUCCACAAAACGUCUUCAAUUUCCUCAAAGAUGAGAGAACUCGGCCUCAGUGGGACGUUCUUUCAAAUGGAAACUCUGUUCAAGAAGUUGCUCAUAUCACAAACGGAUCAAAUCCUGGAAACUGCAUAUCUGUUCUUCGUGGAUUCAAUGCAUCAUCAUCACAAAACAACAUGUUGAUUCUACAAGAAAGCUGCAUAGACUCAUCAAGUGCAGCGCUUGUGAUCUACACUCCAGUGGAUCUACCAGCGUUGAACAUAGCAAUGAGUGGUCAAGACACAUCUUAUAUUCCGAUAUUACCCUCAGGUUUUGCCAUUUCACCAGACGGAAGCAGCAAAGGAGGAGGAUCAUUGAUAACGGUUGGGUUUCAGAUAAUGGUGAGUGGUUUGCAACCGGCAAAACUGAACAUGGAGUCAAUGGAGACAGUAAAUAAUCUCAUCAAUACCACUGUCCACCAAAUUAAAACGACCUUGAAUUGUCCUUCAACUGCUUGAGACGUCAUUAAAAGCUAUUUCCCCAUCUGAUUUCUGAGAAGGGUCUUCAAUGAGCAGAGAAGUGAAAGUUAUUAUUAGUGUUUUGUCUUCAAUGCCUGCAAAGAGUGUAAGAAAUCAUUAUUCUUCUGGGUAUCACUCUCUCUCUCCUCUUUCUUGUUCUUUAUUUUUGAGUUUCUUUUUUAAGCUUAGUGGGAAAGUGGGAGUCAAGAACGCACCAUGCACAAAUGUUUUUUUGUAUGGUUCGGGCAUUGACUUCUGUUUGUUUGUUUUUUACUUCUUUUUGUCUAAUUACAAUGACCAAAUUACUAUUUCUUCUUGGUUUAAUUUAUUCCAUAGUUUCUCUA